AUGGCGAUGUCAACGGCGACCCGGAUGAUGCGCCUUCACGCGCGCCGCUCCUCCACCUUGUGCCUCCUCCGCUCCAGCCGCCCGGAACCCAACCCGGCGCUGCUGCAGGUACAAGGGCUGCGCUGGUACCGGGGAGCCACCGUGGCCGCAGACCCGCCGUCGACCCCAGCGAACCUGGGCGUGAACAUCGUGCCAGAGAGGAAGGUGUUUGUGGUGGAGCGCUUAGGCUAUUACCACAAGACACUCUCCUCGGGGAUUCACUUCCUCGUGCCCGGCGUCGACCGCAUCGCCUACGUCCACUCGCUCAAGGAGGAGGCCAUCCCAAUCCCCGGCAACCCUGCCAUCACAAAGGAUGGCGCCUUGAUCCAGAUCGGAGGAGUGCUCCAUGUCAAGAUUGCCGAUCCCUUCCUUGCUUCCUACGCCGUAGAGGGGGACCCCAUCGAUGCAGUCACCCAGCUUGCACAGUGUGUUGCAAGGAGUGAACUUGGCAAGGUUACCCUUGACAAGGCCUUUAAGGAAAGAGACACGCUCAACCACAACAUCAUUAAGUCAAUCAAUUGUAUAUCAUGCGAGUGGGGUGUCAAAUGCCUCAAAUACGACAUACGCAUUACUCCUCCAGAGGGAGCUAAGAAAGCCAUGGAGAUGCAGCUUGAAGCAGAAUCUGCUAUGAUGGAAAGGGUGAACAAAGCAAAGGGUACGUGA